AUGGCAUCUCGUUACGAACUUGAACUAACCCUCAGAUCAGCCAAACAACUCAAAAAUGUAAAUUGGCGCCACGGUACUAAAAAACCAUACGCCGUCGUUUACAUCGAUCCAAUAAUCAAAUUCACAACAAACAUAGAUCAAAACGGUAACACAGAAUCUCAAUGGAAAAAUCAAAAACUCAUUAUCCCUUUACCAUCAAAACCAAUCAAAGAUCUUAUUUUAUAUAUUCAAAUUGUUCAUGCUGGAUUUGAAGAAAAGACUAAGAAACUCAUUGGUUCGGCUCGGCUUAAGGUAGUUGAAGUUUUUGAAAAUGGAAUUGGUAAGUGUGUGAGUCGCAUGCUUACAAUGGAAAGACCUUCUGGUAGACCACAAGGGAAGGUUGAUGUUAAGGUUGGGAUUAGAGAGAUUAGCUAUCGUGCGCAGAGAGUGGAUUUUGGAAAUGAAGAAUUUAAAUCGAGGGAGUAUUCGUCUUCUUCGCGGGUGUAUGGUUCCAUUAGACCUCAGCAACGUUAUAAUAUGGGGGGAAAGAGGAAGAGUGAGUUUGGUGAGAUGGGGAUAGGAUUUGCUGUGGGUGCAGUUGCUGGGGUUUUAGGCGGACUUGCAUUGGAGAAAGGUGUUGAGUAUGUUGAAGAUAGGAUUGUUGAUGACGUGGUGGAGAGAGUUGAGGAAGAUCUUGGUUAUAAUGACGACGGGGUAGAGAAUGCGGAUGAUGACAUUGAUUAUGAUGAUGAUGUGGAGGAGAAUGUUGACGAUGAUGUUAGUUAUGUUGAUGAUGAUGAUAAUGUGGAGGAGAAUGUUGCGGAUGAUUUUGGUUAUGAUGACGAUGAUGCUGGUGGUUACGAUGGAGACGAUUUCUAG